GUGUUGAGAUUGCGUUGAGCUAAGUCGUCGUCUCAGUUGUGAGACAAUAAUGUUGUUUGUGAUAUCACCUGAAUUUGCAUCUGCCAAUGGACACAAAUUUACUUUGUCUGUUCUGUCCGCUGUGGCCAGGGCAGCCUUGACUGAAGACCAGAGUGCGAAUUUGUGGGUGGCUCUACUGGGGUCGAAACACGACGGAAUGUUCGAGUUGACGGACCAAAUUUUCAUGACCUUUCAAAACGUGUUAACUGGCUUCUCAGAAGGCACUAAGCAAACACAGUCUGCACCUUUAACCCAAGAGGACAAACUAAACUUAAUUUGCUCUGUUGUCCUUUCGUUUCGAGACUUCAGUGCGGACGUCGUGUAUGUUCUGGACUCCCCGAGGUCCAGCUCCAUCUCAGAUGUCAAUCAUUACUUCGAUGUUUUGGAGACUUCUUUGAAGCCGAAUGUGGCGCAUUUGUCUGAUAUACAUUUCCUACUUGAUUGUGACUUCUCUCGUUAUAUUGGUUGUUUUGGAACGACUGGAUUUAAUGUCAAGACCUCAGACUCUCAAAUCUCGGAACUUGUUGACACGGGAAAUUUUUCGCUCGUGGAAUUCAUGAAUGGAUCAAUUAUAUCUUCCUUUAACCAGAAAUUGAAACAACGUAACUCAAAAAAUGCAUUCAGCCAUAGUCAGAAUGAUUUGUGGGCUAGCAAGGUGAACCAUGGAAUAGGCAGAACGGAUGUUGCAGUUAAACGGAAAAGAUCUCAGUCGCCGAUAUGUGCCAGUGGAUCGUUUGGAUUGAGUAGUCAAACUGAAUUGGAAGAUCUUGUUAGUAGUGACUUCGAUAACUCCUCAUUAAUUAGUGGAUCUGAAUCAGACCCUCGAAAUAAUACAGCGCCAGCAGCAAAACGACAGAGAACAAAACUCGGAACCGAAAAUCGAAAACAAAGUACUCUAAAGACAAGAGCGGCUAAGUUGUUCCAGCUUUCUCAGUGCCCGUUAAUCGAAGCAAACGACGAGCUUUCCGAUUUAAAAUCCGAAAAUAACCGACUAUCAUUGGAGAGGAACAAUUCAAAGUUGGCAACGGUUCAGAAUUCUCUACCCAGUCUGAAGCGAGUUUCGAGCGGAGGCAGUUUCGCAAAACCAAAAAGGGAAGCUACAGUCAAGGAGUUUUUCUGCAAUUGUUUAGACGGUCAAAGGGUCUACAGCAAGGACGAGAAAUGCGAAAUAAUGAGGUUUUCAACAGAGCGGGAAUUGUUUUCGUUUGUGGACAGUCAGUUGAAGUUGCUGCCGGAACAGAUCAGUUUGAUUGGCCUGAAGCAGCUGCAGUUUGCAGUGUUCCAAGUCAACGCUUUUCAUGGCAAGCACUGUAGGACGGUGGAAGAUAUGACAGUCAUUCAAGAUUUUGUCGCUUUCAUCUUUUCGGCCGAUUAUUCACACCACGAAAGCCUGGAGAAGCUGGUGAUAUUGGCUUUCGAAGUCGUGCGAUAUCUAGCGAGUAGUUCCAAUGACCAAGACAUUAUACUGGACGUAAAGAGAAGAUUGGAAGAGACGAUUGAAGUGGUGUUCAACAAAUCAAUCUCUAAUUCGGCCGAAUUUUCCAAGCGGUUCAAGAAAUUUAUCGAGAGUACGUUCUGCGAAUGGUACUUUGCGCGGGCGUGCAAAGACAUGGCCUAUAAUUUUCUCUCAGAAAUUUUCGUCGUCGAGAAUGUUGCGGGAGAUCUAACAUCGGAAUUGCUUAUCGCCCUAUGUGCUAAACAUGCAGCAAUGACGGAUGAUUCGAACCUUUUCUCGGACAGUGAUUGGUCAGAAGAUGAAUUGGAUGAGUCAAUGAUAAUCGAUAAAACUGUCGAUAUGAGUCUGAAUUCGAGUGCAGAAGAUGUGUUCCAUAACAGAGACAUCAGUUCAGCUUCUGUCGGAAAUAGUGAAAAAACAAAUGCGUUAGUGUGUAACUCACAACCGGCGAAGAAUUUAUUGAACAGAUGUAAGAACAGGUUUUCAACUCAUAGCAGUUCUUCGAUUCGUUACCUCGUGGAGGAACCAAUAUCCAGGUCUCAAGGAUCGACCAGAAAGGAUUCAAGGAAUUCGGAUUUUGGACGGUCAGACUCAAGUGACAAAUGCGAGCCUCUAGCGAAGAUUUUGCCGGGACCUUCGAAGUUAAUCGCAAAGUUAGAAAAACCAGUGCAGUCGAAGGAAAAGUUCAAAUUGCAAUCUAAGAUGCUGCAAAGAUCGUUGAGUCAAAGUUUCAGUUUGGCAAAAAGUUCCGAGGAACCGAGAACUUCUAACAGGAUUGCCAAUAAAGAUCCUUACAAAUCGGGAGCGAAGAAAGAAAGUUCUCUUGCCUCCUCCAUUUUGAAAUCGGCCCAGAAGAAGUUUCGAAAACUAGUCACUUCUGGAGAAAAAGAUAAAGACACUUCUGUUCAUUUUGCAUCUCGAGGCCAAACUAAGAAGCGUAAGAGAUCAGCUUCGAAGACUCCGGGAAAGGAAAACACCAGAAAAGCCAGUGGAUUGACUAAAACUAGUUCAGCCAAGAAACAGAAAGCAAAGAAACUAAUCACUAAGAAAGUGUUGGAAACACCUGGUGCUAAGCUGCUCAACAGAUUUCAAAUUAACAACUCAAAAAGUACGAAUCAAUCAGUUUUGCCGAUGUCUAAAGACGAGCGAGUAAAGCAGAAUGUAUCAGAGACCCCGUUCAACAAAAUGCCGAAGAGCUUCACCUCUCACGAGGGUAUGAAACUACGCAAUAGGCUGCGCAGUUCAAUCGGAGGCGAGUCGAAUCUAUCGCAAAAUAGCACUGAAGGUUCGGGAUCAUCACUGAAACGAAGAGACUCGUUCUACAAGCCGAAAGAGCAUUCUGCAGAGAAAAGUAUCCUGGUGGCCAAAACGAGUAGUAGUAAUUCAAUUCAUAGGCAAUCAUUCGAUCUGAACAUGAAAUCGAAAAUUGCAGAAGACGAUAAAUUAAAAGCAGAGUCGGUCAGAAGUUAUAACAAUGAUUUGACUCCAGACGAUCAAAAAAGCGUAAAAGGAUUUGAAUUUUCCCCAUAUAGCAUCAUUUUCAAACCAAAUGAGAAUGGGAAAGUUUCGGAAUUAAUUUUUACUCCGGCCAAGUCGGAAAUGAAUUUCGAUGAUUGCAAAUCUAUCGAUUCUGACGGAGUAGAUGCAAGUGAUACGCCGUUGCGAGGGAUAUUCCCUAUUCAAAAAAGUGGAGGUAAAAAUAUCCAGGCCAUCCACGGAGUUGAAACGCUGUCACUUAUCGACACAAAAGUUUCCGAAUGCUUUACAUCUGAUAAAGAAAAUCAACCUCUAAACGAUCAUUUAACUCGUUCGACUACAAAAAUUCACCAGUUUAGAAAUGUCAAAAUGACUUCGGCUUCAAAAGAGAAGCCAACACAUAAUGUAAGAAAAUCAUUGUUUGCAAAGAAAAGUUCAGCUGCUGCGUCGCCCAAGAAAUUUAGAGCUCAAAGUUCGUUUCACGAUGAUAAGCCUACUACAAUAUAUAAGAUAUUUUGCGAGGAUAGUCUUUCAAUGGAUUUCCUCUCUGAACUAGUCAAAGAGAAAGAAUUGGAAGACGAAAAAGUUAAACAAUCUAUGGACAUGGACGAGGAUCGAACUGGGUAUUCUGGUGACUUGGGGUUCAAACUGCGUAAGAAACUUCCAUUGGUAAAUGACUCUCCCGAAUAUGAAAUAAAAGGAAUUGAUCUGUGCUCGCCGUCUCCUGUAAACCAUAAAUUCUCCUCAAACUCAAUUCUAAAUUCGCAAAGAGGAGAUAAUUAUUCCAGUCAAACAUCAAGGAGUUCUGGUAACAGUAAAUGUGGAAAUUUGUCGAAAGCUUUGGAUGAACUCCUCAAAAACCCAAUUAAAUCACCUGAUUUUUCUACAGCUUCGCCUUCUUAAUUGUAUUUGUUGAUUGUUUACACAUUUAGUGAUCAUAAAAGUAUUGACAUUUGAAUAUUUUUGAUUUAAAAAGUUUGUUAUUUGUUAAAAAAGAA